AUGUCUCAUUUUACGGAUGAACAAAUUGAAAAACAAUUUAGACAAAUGGAUGAAAAUAAUGAUAAAUUAAUUACAAUCGCCGAAUUACGAAGCUAUUAUAUACCAUUGAAAGAAAGGUUCGGUGUAUCACAAAAAGAAGCUGAACAACAGAUUCAACGUUACCUUAAACAACUUGAUACUGAUCGUAAUGGAAACAUUAGUUUUGAAGAUCUUGAUUGUGAAAGUUUUAUUUUCUUUUUCAAUACAAUAACUAUACAACAUAUACAAACUCAAAAGAUAGUUAAUAAUGAAUCACCAGAAAUUAUUCGCAUGCUCAAUUCUGAAUUCAAUAAAUUUGCUCGUAAUCCAGAUUUAGAUCUUUAUCCUGAACAUCUUCGUUCACAUAUUGAUGAACUUAAUGAACAAGUUUAUCCAAAAUUAAAUAAUGGAGUAUAUCGAGCUGCUUUUGCUAAAUCUCAAGAAGCAUAUAAUGCUGCAUUUGAAGAUGUUUUUUCCAUGUUAGAUAAACUUGAAAAUGUUCUCUCAGAGCAACGUUAUCUUAUUGAUAAUAAUCAAAUAACUGAAGCUGAUGUACGUGCAUGGGUAACAUUGUUAAGAUUUGAUCCAGUAUAUUUUACACUUUUUAAAUGUAAUAAAAAAAUGAUUUCAAAAGAUUAUCCGAAUUUAUAUGGAUUUGUGCGUGACAUAUAUCAAAUGGAAGGUAUAAAAGAAACAGUUGAUUUGUAUGAAAUUAAAAAGCAUUAUUAUGCAUCACUUUUAACAAUUAAUCCAACAGGAAUUAUUGCUCUUGGACCGGAAAUUAAUUAUGAUUUACCACAUGACAGAGAUCGAUUCAAAUAA